GACUCACAGUUUGCACGUUUCGUUUGUUUGGGUUUGCUUAUACGUACGCAAUUAAAAGAAAAUGAGCGCGGAUAAUGAAAAAGAAAACCUGAAACGUAGCGCAACUGAAGAUACAGCAGAAGCAGAAAAAUCGGUAGAAUCAGAGGAAACAGCUAAGCAGGAAACAGAAGCAGAAGGCGAAGAUGAUGCGUGGAUUGGACCGAUGCCAUCCGAACAAAGCACUGCGGUGCCGGCCAAAAAAAAGAAAGUAUUGCCCUAUGAACAUAUUUAUUUGGAGAAUUUGCCGAAUGCAGAGAGCUAUGAGCGAAGUUACAUGCACCGAGACGUGAUCACACAUUUGGUGAGCACGAAAACUGAAUUCGUGAUUACCGCCAGCUUGGAUGGACACAUAAAGUUUUGGAAAAAAAUGGACUUGGGCAUUGAUUUUGUGAAACAUUUUCGAAGUCAUUUGGUGCCAAUUAAAUCGCUAACUGCCAACAGCAGCGGCACUUUACUUUGUUCUGCAGCCACCGAUCAAACAGCAAAAGUUUUCGAUGUAGUUAACUUUGAUAUGAUCAAUAUAAUUCGAUUGGGCUAUACGCCGCUGUGCAGCGAGUGGAUUAACUCGCCGGGUGAUGCGGUGCAAGGACUGGCCAUCUCCGAUUCGGAGAGCAACAGCAUCCAUAUUUAUGAUGGUCAGAGUGGAGGUGAAGUCUUGUACACCUUGGACAAAUUGCACUUAGCUCCAGUAGUUGCCAUGUGCUUUAAUUUGGCAAUGGAAACGGUAAUCUCUGUGGAUCGUAAUGGCAUAUUGGAGUAUUGGCAGAAUUCUCGGCAUGAUUACAAAUUUCCUCAGCGUUUGGUUACCUUUGACUCAAAGCUGGAUACAAGUCUCUUUGAAUUUGCCAAGAAUAAGACCCAAGUAACCGGCUUGGCCGCUACGCCGGAUGGUAAACGUUUUGCUGCUAUUUCUACGGAUCGCAAAGUGCGUGUCUUUCAAUUUAAUACGGGAAAACUCUUACGAGUCUUCGAUGAGGCCUUAACCACAUACACACAAAUGCAACAGACGCCACAUGCAUUGCCCAAUAUGGAAUUUGGCCGAAGAAUGGCUGCUGAACGUGACUUGGAGAAGACGGCACAAAAUACCACUAUGAAUAUACUCUUUGACAGCACCGGACAUUUUUUGCUUUAUCCCACAAUGUUGGGCAUUAAAGUCAUAAAUGUUGCCACUAAUCGUUGCGUCACAAUUUUGGGUAAAACGGACAAUAUACGGCCGUUGCAAGUGGCACUCUUUCAAGGUCGAAUAAAGCGACAAAAGGCGGCCAUAACCCUCGAGCAGGAGGCUAGCGAAAAUCCAGCGUUACAAAAUUUACUUAAUGAUCCAACGGCCUUUUGUACAGCAUACAAAAAGAAUCGCUUCUAUUUGUAUAGCAGACGUUUACCUUCUGAUUUACAAGAUGUUGAUCGUGACAUAUUCAACGAGAAGCCUUCCAAGGAGGACAUCAUUGCCGUGCCUGAAGCUCAAGACGAAGUUAUACAACGUAUCUAUGAGAAUGUAGUUUUGCAUACCACUAAAGGCGAUAUACAUAUGAAAUUGUUCUACAAGGAGGUGCCAAAAACGGUGGAAAAUUUUUGCGUACAUGCGAAAAAUGGCUACUACAAUGGACAUAUAUUUCAUCGAGUGAUCAAAGGUUUCAUGGUUCAGACUGGAGAUCCUACGGGUACGGGCACGGGUGGAAAAUCCAUUUGGGGACACGAUUUCAAGGAUGAAUUCGUACCGAGCUUAAAGCACGAUCGUCCCUACACUGUUAGUAUGGCAAAUGCGGGCCCCAAUACGAAUGGCAGUCAAUUCUUCAUAACCGUCCUACCUACACCUUGGCUGGACAAUAAGCAUACCGUUUUUGGUCGUGUGUAUCGUGGCAUGGAAGUAGUGCUCAAUAUAUGCAAUGCUAAGGCAAAUCCCAAAACUGACAAACCAUACGAUGACAUUAAAAUAAUUUCAAUACAUUUAAGUAAUUAAGCACAAAGAAAUAAUAAU